AUGUUCCUUGGAUGGAUUUGCCUCGCUACCUACCUGGGAUCUUGCUGGGGUAAAACUUUUUUGAAGUUAUCUCUCUAGUUUUCAUUUUAUUUUGAUUUCUGGGAGUCGAAUCUAUAGUUAUCUUCUUCUCAAUAGAACCUCAAAGUUUUUUUUAACAUGUAUGACGAUUCGAACAAAUUUUAUCAUUUAUUCUGGAUGAAAUUCAAAAAAAGAGGAAUUUUCGACUUAAAAGUUAUUUGCUAACUCGUCUUUAGCCGUUUCGAUCUAUUUUCUGAAAUGGAGCUCUGAAUACUUCAGAUGUGUCUGAUUUUUAUCACAGUUCCCUAAAGUUCACAAUGAAAGUUUUGAUCCGAAAUUUCCAGGUCAUUUUUCUUACCUUUUCAAAACAAUUUUUGUCGCUUAAUUAUUUUCAAUUUCAGCGCAUAAUGCGUUUGGAUCCGAAAAAACGAAAAAGUUUGAGGCGAUGGACCGGGUCAAAAUGGAUAAAAAACAGUUAGAUCGGGUUUGUUUUUUGGUCAUGUUUCAGAAAUAAUUAUUUUUUCGGCGUAGAUCAUUCGAGUUUCUUCCCAGAUUGUGCUUUCCAAUCAUACCUGGUACUCUGAUAAAAUUCUGAAAUAAUCAAGUGACUUCAGGUGCAACAACUGCACUACGGCUGGUACAUGCAGGCGGUGAGCGCCGUCCUUGGAUCCGUCGGCAAGCAGAUGUACAUGAAAAUGAAGAGGUAUCAGAGAAAAAUGAGAAAAAUGACGUCAGUCUUUGCUUAUUUGUAGAAAUAUCUUGCAAAAGUGUCACUUCUGUCCAUAGAGAUAGUUUUUUUUAGUGGAAAAAAACUUUGAGAAGUCCAUGGUUGCAAAAAUCUCCAUUCUUACCAGAGAUGACCGAAGAGCCUUCGUAGGCUGUUUGGAUGCCAUCGAAGCCGAGCAUGACGUCAAAGCUGCCGCGAAUUGUCUCGUUCACGCAUUUGACGGGAAAUUGGUACCUCAUCGCUUGUUGAGAGCCACCACUCGUUGAACACCUUUCAGGUCGAAUCCUAUCCCAAAGCCUUGUCUGAUCCGAAGCUCGACUUUGUCAGCGACGAGGACGGCGCAGUUCUUCCUAUACCCCGAGCAGAACUCAAGUCGUUGAGAAAAAAGAAGCUCAAACGGAAAAUGAUAAAGAAAUCAGCCUUCCUCAAAACUGGGUUGAAGAUUAGGAAAAUCCGAAGAAGAGCGAGGAAGUUCCGAUUGAGGAGGAAGGCCAUGAGGUUUCAAUUUUUUGAGAUGAACUAUAUAGCGCUUGUUUCAGAAAACUUUUGGUGUCCAGAAGAAUCAAGAGAAACAUCUUGUCACUGUAUUCUAAUGUGAGGGCUUCCUCAAUUUCUUUCUAUGAACUUUAGUUUUCCAGAAAGAAGCUAGAGAAGAAGCUAAAAGAGAGCAAGAAAUGGAUCGAACGUUUCGAGUGAAAAAUAUGGACGCGAUGCCGAACUUGAAAUCUUCGAGAGCGUCGCCGGUUAAGGUGGUCUAGUGGAUAAAUCUGUUGGUUGUAGUUGAGAAGUUGUUGGUUGGGUUCUGUUCGAGAAAGUUUUUUUAUGGGGAUAAAAAAGCUUCAUUUGAAGGAGAAGAAAAAAGAGCUGGAGCGGAUGAGAUGAAAACUGUUUCUGUUCAUUUUCAGACGAUUGUCAAGCUUAUCAGCACGGUUAUACAUAAUGAUAGCAGUACCACACCCCGAGAUGCCUCAUACUUGAGAUUGAGAAUGGUUUUGUCAAACUUUUCUGUAAGUAUAAAGGGAAUUUCUCUUCUUUCAGCUCCAAGACAAAGUUACGGAUGCGAAAAAAGAGCGACAGUUCAAGCACCGGAUGCUGGACAUGGUGAUCGGGAAGAAGAAUCCGCUGAGGAGGAGCAAGUCCUUCAGUGAUAGGUGAAGCUUGGGACAGUUUCGGGACAAAAUAUUCAGCUCUGAAUUGAUAUUUUUUCUUGACAACUAUAUGUUGCAGCUACACUAAUCAAAGUUGAACUUCCUUGUCGUGCAAUUUAUUUCGAGCUUUUUGAACUUCUAAUUUUCACAACUCAUUUUUCGAAAAGCUGAACGAGGUGCUCAGAAUGCGCGAUAUCGUGCCGACGGGAAGUGUGGACGAGUCGGUGUACGGCCUGGUGGACGCGGUGAGUCGCCACGACAAGGACAUCAACGCCAACUUUCUGUCGCCCCGUUUCUUCCCGCUCAUGCCCGACAAGUACAACACCAAGAAGUUGCUCUCCUCUCCUUUCUCUGUAACGUUUUCGAUAUUCACACAGAAAGCUGCUCUCUCCGAAUCUGUUCCCCAUGUACAAGGACGACACUGACAACAGCAUCCUGCCUCUGCCCACCGUCUUGGAAGCGACUGGAAUGACCGAGUCGGACAGGGACACUGUUCUCGAGCUCGUCAUGGAUGUGUCUGGUUCGCUUCUUCACAUUUCGUCCAAGGAAAUCACUUUUAAUUCUAAGCUUUUUACAUUGAAAAUUCCAAAAGCUCUAACCAAUCUUACUUGAGGGAAAAACCAAAAAUCUUUAAAGCUUAUACUUUUUUCAAGUUUAGGAGUGAAUGAAGUGGUGGACAAAGCGCUUGGCUUGAUGGGGGAUCUGAAAGCGAGUGGAUUGGACAAAGACCUUUUGGACAUCACCAAAAUUAUGGAUAAUGUUCUUAAAAGUUCACAGAACUUCGUUAAAUUCAAAGCUUUUCCAGAUGUUCGACAAUAUCGGAAGAAGCUUCUCAAAAAGCCAAAAACUCGAUUUCACCAAUAGAAAGUUCACCUACAUGAGCAAGGAGCAAAUGAGCAAGCUCUAUGGCGAAGAAGGUCGAGUUGCAGAAAAAAAAAAGUUCAAACUUUUUGAAAGGAACUGAAAGAAACUUUUACCGUAACCGCCAGGGAAUGUUUCAGAAAUGAAUUGAGGUCAUUGACCUUUUUAGUUGAAAACCGGUUUGGGCUAUGUAUAAAAUUCAUUACCGUAUCAACUUCGAAGAGAAUGUGUUUUCGAUUUGAAAUAUCCAGUUGGCUUUGAAUAGAAAAUAGUUUUAGGAGUGCUCUUGAAUGACAGAAAUCCGUACAAAACGUCUUGCCUAAAAAUUUGAAUACCGUUUCAUGACCCUAUUUUUUGAAACUGUAGUUUUAUUAGCAAUCUCUACUUUAAAGGAACUUUACCUUUUUCUCGUUUUUAAGCUUAACAAAUAGAAAAAAAGAUGGGCUUCAUUGAGCUUCAUUAUUUUGAAAUUUAUUAAGCAAUAACCUACUACAUCAAGCUUAACCACGGUAAUAUAUUCUUACAGUAUAAGAUCAUUGUAAUCUAUGUGUCAACAUUUUCAAUUUAUCUUCUUUCUCUUCUUAAUAUCUUUUAUAUCUUUAUCUGAAAUCCCAAGCAAGAACUUUGAAAACUUAACAAAAAAAAACCCCGAGCAUUUAGGAAUCUACAAUACUACCGUCUCAAAAUUGCCUUUUGAAGUCGAUGACGUCGACGCUCUCACUCCAGAACAAAAGCAGGAGUCUCUGAGGUAGCUUACAAAAAAGCUGUCCCUCCUGUAAAGAAGCUUUCAGAAUGACGAUUAGACAGCUGGCAAAGGGAAUGGGCGCCACGACACUACCGACUCGUGGGAAGCGGCAAACCGUCGUCAGUCUCAUCAACAACUUUCGGACAGUUUUUCUCAAUCCGACGCUCCUCUCGCCUCAAGCCUUCGCUCCGACUGUCAAUCAAGUUUGAAGGCAGAAGUAUUGGAUUUCAUACAAAUUCGAUUAAGAUGUCAGUGCUGGGACCAAUUAUUCUGUCGCCACAGCUCUUCAGCCCCAGCAUUUUCUCGCCCUUGUUCAUGAGUCUGCCUAUUUUGUCGCCGCAGGUCGGGAAUGGAACUAAGAAUUGGCUCCCAUUUUAAAGCUUCAUAUUUGCUUCAAGAAAUAAGAAGGCAAUACAUUUUCGAUUUCUCAAGAUCGUUUUUUUUUUCUUCCUAUUGAUCAGGCUAUGUUUUUUGAGGUUAUCUAAAUUCUUGAGCUUUUAUUUUAUAUAAACCGGAUUUUAAAAUAUUAUCUGCUUUCUUGAAAGCUUUCUCAAUCUUCAGAUGAUUCGCUAACCGAAAAAAUGCGUUUUUUUUUCUGCAAAAGCUCUUUCCAGAUUUGCUGUCCCUAGGCACCCAGGCUCUAUUUUAAAAAAUUUCAUGAUUUCUAUUACUUUAAGUUUUGUGAAUAUUAAAAUUAGUCCAACAAAAUCCUCUUUUUUGGGAAAAUAAUUAACUUGCGACCUUUGAAUCUCUAGCUCAUAUAAAAAGUUUCCACUCCUCUAAAGCCUCUCACCAUUUCAUAUACAUCCUGUGUAGCUACUUUCAGAGUAUAAAAAAACAAGGAUCCUGCUCCUUUUUUGCUAAUUCAUGAAAACUAUGUCUAUUUUCAGGUCGGCAAUCCGUUAAUUUUCUCUCCGUACGUCCUGGGACCGAACGUGCUGUCGGCGGCGGUGUUCAACGCCUACAUCAUGUCUCCAUACGUGAUGUCUCCCAACGUCCUCAACCCCUACGUCUUGUCUCCACUGAUCCUGAGUCCUUUCGUCCUCUCCCCUGACGUCGCCUCGCCGACAGUUCUGUCCGGAGUCAUCCUCUCUCCAUCCGUCCUGUCCCCCUCUUACUACACCGAUUCGGCUCUUACUGCUAACUUCCUUUCUCCUACUUUCUUGUCUUGA